AUGUGGUGGACCCGACGAGAUGCGCAACGUGCAGCUGUAGCCGAACAAGAGGAAGUAAUAGACAUCCGAGCCCGCUUGUUCCGUUUCUGGCGACUGAUCCGUUCGACCCUUUUAGAACUGAAUGUUUUUGGUGGUAUCAUUCCUUCUGACGAUCCUGACGAAGUUCAGAAACAACGUCUCGCUACUCGCAUUUACGUUCUCCUAUUUAUUCUUAUUUGUCUACCUUUGAUACUAGUAAAUUUAUUCAUUCUACGAUUUUGCGUAGAGACUGUCGAAAAUCCGACUGAGGCAGUUUUUGAACGACUUUAUUCCCGUUAUAAUCACUCUCUCCAAUGUCCAUGCACAAAUGACAAAAUCGCUUACGCAGAUUUCAGUAGUUCUCCUUUCAAAAUGCAUGCAGUAUGUGAUGGUAGUUAUUUUAUUCAUCCACAAUGAUCUGAUAUUCAAAUAUAUCAUUCCUCCGAACAAAUUGAAGCUGUUUUCAAUUCGUACGACAAUGGAACAUGCAACUGUGCAUUUACGUUGAAAUGUGUCAGAGAAGUUGUUCCAUCGUUCUACAUCGGAUGUUAUUCUAUUGAUACAAUGCUACAAUCAACAUUCGAGUGCUUCUAUAAUAUCGAUUGUAUGCCUCUACUCGAAUCAUUUAGUUCAGAACCAAAUUAUAAUAUUCAAGUUUUGAAUUCGAAUCAAAGUCAAUUUUUACCAAACACAACCAUUGAAUCAAUGCUGAACGAAUUAAUGUUAGAAAAAUGGGAUAUACAAAUAAAUUACACGAAAUACUACAUAGAAUGCAGUCCGAAGAAUUGCACUUAUUCAUAUUCACAAGAAGCCGAUUUGAUCUCUGUAGUUGUUUUAUUACUCGGUUUUUUCAGUGGUUUGAAUAUCGGACUUAAAAUUUCUGUGACGGUUUUUGUUAAAACCAUUCUAUAUUAUAUUAUACAUCGACGGAUUCAUUUCGAUCUCAAAGCAAUGUUUUCAUCGUGGAAUACCUUUCCUACCUAUGCAUCUCGUCGAGGUGACAUCGAGCGAUCCAAUACAGAAAAACUUGCUAUACGAAUCUACGCAGUAGCCUUUAUCCUAUGUUUUACCAGUUUAGUUGUAUAUAAAACAAUAAAAGCACCAGUCAAAACUCAUAUUGUUUACAAUCCAACACAAGCGACAUUUGAACAAUUACGCAAACUCUAUGGAACGACGAUGAAGUGUCUAUGUAAAGAAUUCAGUAUCACUUUUAAGUUGUCGGACAUACUGGGUGUAUUAUAA